CGAUUUCUUGGGAAAUUCCGAGGUUGCGUUUUUUUAUACGCCCUGUACAGGGUGUAUCAAAAAACCUGCAAGCCUUUGAAAUGCAAUGUUUUCAGAAUUUGCAUGAUUCAGAACUAAUUGAUCCAAAGCGUGCGUAAACACAAUAGUUGACCCAUUCGAUGCAAAUUAUAGUGUUUGCAGGUUUUUUUAUGCAUCCUGUACAUAUAAUCUGUAUAUGUUCGCAGUCCGCCUACGCAUAUUUCUGUUAUAAGCGUAAAUAGUUGCGUAAGUAGAACUCGUGACAGUCGAAUAUAACUCGUGACCUCUGACUCGUGACUAUCUCGUGUACCAGGAAGUUGCUAUUUAAAAAAUAAUUACGACCAACAAAGUAGAUUAUAAACCACCGAUCGAUGUGAAAUAGACGGCUUCAACCUACACUGGAGUCAUUUCUGGUGUUCUUACUGAGUAACUCGAAUGUCGCAAUAUGGUGUGAUAUUUUAAAGUGAGUUUUCUUUCUUUAUAAUUGUUUAGUCUGUGAUCAUGGGGCAACACAAGACAAUUGCACAACGUUCAAGGUUCAACAUUUGUUAUUAGUUAGAGUCUUGAUUUACUCUGAUCAUUUUGAUGGAACAUGAGCAGAGCACACACAUACAUACAUACAUACAUACAUACGACUGAAUAAGCCUAUAUUCGGUGUUUCACUGCAUGCACGUCGAGAUAAAUUGCAGUUGAACUACAUAAAUAUUAUGCAGCUGUGACUGGAAGAAUUAAAAUAUGCAUAUCAUGAUAUCAAAGUAUUCAGCUGUUCAAACAUUUGAAUAUGCAAAAAUUGCUCAAAGAGGGCCCCCUAUACCUCUUCACAAUAUGCUUUCACGUAAAAAUAUUUUGCCUUUUCACGAGUCACGGAUUAAGAAAAUCAUCAAUCACGUUUCACGGCUAAGUAAAAUAAGCCCUUCACGCUUCACGCAAAAAGUAUAGGGGGCCUGAUCACGUUUCACGGCUAAGUAUUAAAACAAGCCCUUCACGCUUCACGCAAAAAGUAUAGGGGGCCCUCCUCAAAGAACCAUUAGUUUCCGCAUCGCUUUAAAUUUGAAAAUAUAUAUUCCCUUAAGGUGGCUCCUUACAGUUGUCUCUAUUUACCCAACCUCUCUGCAGUACAAGCCUAUAUUAAUGCAGAUCCUGCAUUCCGUUUUCUACUUGGAGGCAAUAUCUAACAUCAGUGGAAUAUUUAGAACACGGCGAAGCUAUAAAACUGGCCACAAAAUUAUCUUUUCUUUGUACGUUUGCAUGGCGAUAAAACAUAUAAUAGUUUUGUUUGUGGAAACACCACGUAAAUUUAUUACUGCAAAGCUUUCGAUCCGUAAGCCCGGAUCUUCAUCAGUGCUAAAAUUAAGGGCGCGUGAAUUGAGCAAGUCAUAUAUUAUUAGCACUGAUGAAGAUCCGGGCUUACGGAUCGAAAGCUUUGCAGUAAUAAAUUUACGUGGUGUUUCCACAAACAAAACUAUUAUAAAAUUAUCUUUGUCUGAAAAAUGAAUCUGGUGACCCAUCUUUUUUAUUUCAUAUAUCAAUAGAGCAUGAUGUCCUUGAACUAUUGAGAACCUUUAAUAAAAUUCUUUACAGUGUGAUCUUUUUAAAAGCAAAAAUUUUAUAACAAGAUUUCCACUGUAGAGAAUUUCUUAUUAUUGGUACUACCAUGGAUAAAAUACAUGGGUAGGAAACUAGCUGACAAGAUCUAAUGUUUUCAAUGGGAUGAUGGCGUUGAAACCUAGUUGCAAACCAAAAUCUCAAAAACGGCAUGUUUAGCGAUAAUACAGCUAAACAUUUUAGUCAAAGAGCAAAUCGAUAUAACUUGGCCAUUCUACGAUGAAAUCUCUAAGUAUUCCCGGUUGAAAAAUGCAUCGCAAAUUUCGUAAAAAUUGGCGACGCCAAUUUCGUAGCUACAAAUGUAAAAAAUACAAAACAAAGACGAAAAACAUUUACCUUGAAUACUUUGUCGUGGCUUAGGCAUGUUUUUAAAACAAUUAGACCAGUUUAUGCUUCAAUAUUACUCUUUUAAAGCGGAAAAUAUAACGAAACAACAAAAAUGCUGAGAACUUUGGCAAUACACGUGACGUCACAGAUUGGAACUAGGUUUAGACUGUGACGUCAGGAAGUUUCCUAUCCAGUUAUUUUACAAUCCAUGGCACUACCUACACUUCAAAGUAGUAUAAUAGUAACUAUAGGCAUGAGAGUUAUCUGAAAUCGUGAAUUGGGUUAACACAAGCGUUUGCAUUUAGGUUGUCCUGUUUGUUACAACACCAAACUCGUCAUGGGUAUGGGAGGAUAUUUAUGGCUUGUCAAUGCUACUAGCACAACUCUCAAGCUGACUUACCAGCAUAGCUACCAAAUGAAUACCUGGGCAUUUAAGAAUAUAUCUGCACAGUCAAUGGAGAGGUUUUACAUUGAAUACAAUCAAACCGUAGUCAAGAGCAGCGAUGAUGCAGGGGAAGCUACUUUUCAACUUGAUGGUACAAGUGCCAGUUUCCAGUUGCAAGUCCGAUACCCCUAUAAAAGUGGCGAAUGUGGUCUAAAGGUCGACUGGAGUGGUCUAAAAUCUGCAGGUAGAUACGCAGUGUUUCCACCACCACCUCAGGGCGAAACCAUUGGUGAAUUAGGCUGGUUUCACAACGGAUCCUUGUCUCUGCUUAUAAUGGAGAAGGCAGUUAAAAAUACCGUGUCAACUGUUCUUCCUGGAAGUGACUCGAUUGUUAAUGAAAACAGCACCUUGCCGUAUCCUCAGACAUUUCUGUACGAAAAAUGGAUGGAUUAUUACAGCGAUGUCUUGGGAAAGCUUACUUUAACGGAAAUGACCCUCCCUGGCACACAUGAUGCAGGGACAUACAACCCAAAGUGUGGUAUAGGUGCUCGGUGGAUCAGAACACAGUCUCUUCCUCUUAUCCAACAACUACAGUUCGGUAUCCGUGUUUUGGACUUACGCAUUGGGCAAAUUUCUUCAGGAGAUUAUCUCAUUGUUCACGAUAUAUGGCGUACAAGUUAUACACUUGCGGCAGCUCUGAAAGAAGUCACGGAUUUCGUGGACGCCACAGACAAAGAAAUUGUUAUCCUGGAUUUCCAUCGGUUUGACAAGCUUGGUGAUAAGAGUUAUGAUUAUGACAAACUCAAAGCUCAGAUAUGUUCUCAGUUAAAUGGCUACAUUCUUUCUGUUCAGAAUGGGCAAGGGAAACCUCUUCAAGAGAUAUGGCAAACCUGUGGCAAGAAAAGAGUGGUUGUCGCGUGGAACACAAGUAAUCCUGACAGCUAUAUGUGGCCAGGAGUGAAUCAACGCUGGUAUUCACAUGCUGACAGUAAAACCAAAUUAUAUAAUGCUAUCAAGAAAGAUAUGGAGAAUCCUCCUACUGGUUUAUGGGCUUCUUGCUCAUUCAUGGAAAGUAGUGCCCUCCAUCCUCCCAAUAAGAAUGCCUCUAAUACUGAUCCUACUAUAACACUGUGGUAUUUUGGUGGGUCUGCUUUCUGCGAGAAAGCCAACAUCAUUUCUGCUGAUUUCUUUCGUAAAUGUAGUAAUGUUGUUCAAGCUUCAAUUAUCGGCAGUCUCCUGAAAGCAGGAGCGAAGUAAAUGAUCGCUAGACGUGUUGUGCCGUAUCGUAUAGUAACGUAUUGUAUUAAAUGAGAAUUGUACUUGGAACAGAUUGAACAAAUAGUUAUGCAAAUUGUAAUGCUGAUAGCGUUAAGCACUUCAGAAAAUUGCAUUUAUUGAUUGAUUUUUGUAAAAUGUAAUAUAUACAGCAUACAAACUUGAAAUUUUUAAUUAAAAAUUUUAAGUUUCCGACCUAGUAUUCCAAAGGUCGUAGGUUCGAUUCCCACCGUGGCCAGGCAUAUUUUGCAAGCUUGCCCGGUGUGGAUAUACACUCAGGACAACAUCACAAGCAUCGUGAUUCAGCAUUGACGUACAUGCAAAAUGAACUUGAUGUUCGUAAUUAUGAUUUUUGCAUAUUACAAUACAUACUCAUAAAAAUGUAUUAUAGAAAUAAGGGUAUCUUAAACUUUGUAUUAAUUAAAUUGCUCCAUGUG